AUGGCGAUCGUACAAGACGGAGGAACUCAUAUGCUCUGUGACUCGGGCUUUAAUUACGAGUCGGCGCCCGCGGCAGCGAUCGGCCCUUCGCUUUGUUACUGCCGGGAGGAGGCUCAGGGCCCAGGGAGGAGGCUCAGGGCCCAGGGAGGAGGCUCAGGGCCCUGGGAGGAGGCUCGGGGCCCUGGGAGGAGGCUCGGGGCCCAGGGAGGAGGCUCAGGGCCCAGGGAGGAGGCUCGGGGCCCUGGGAGGAGGCUCAGGGCCCAGGGAGGAGGCUCAGGGCCCUGGGAGGAGGCUCGGGGCCCAGGGAGGAGGCUCAGGGCCCAGGGAGGAGGCUCGGGGCCCUGGGAUGAGGCUCAGGGCCCAGGGAGGAGGCUCGGGGCCCAGGGAGGAGGCUCAGGGCCCUGGGAGGAGGCUCAGGGCCAGGGGAGGAGGCUCAGGGCCCUGGGAGGAGGCUCAGGGCCCGGGGAGGAGGCUCAGGGCCCAGGGAGGAGGCUCAGGGCCCGGGGAGGAGGCUCGGGGCCCAGGGAGGAGGCUCGGGGCCCAGGGAGGAGGCUCAGGGCCCUGGGAGGAGGCUCGGGGCCCAGGGAGGAGGCUCGGGGCCCAGGGAGGAGGCUCAGGGCCCAGGGAGGAGGCUCAGGGCCCUGGGAGGAGGCUCAGGGCCCAGGGAGGAGGCUCAGGGCCCAGGGAGGAGGCUCAGGGCCCUGGGAGGAGGCUCGGGGCCCUGGGAGGAGGCUCGGGGCCCAGGGAGGAGGCUCAGGGCCCAGGGAGGAGGCUCGGGGCCCUGGGAUGAGGCUCAGGGCCCAGGGAGGAGGCUCGGGGCCCAGGGAGGAGGCUCGGGGUCCUGGGAGGAGGCUCGGGGCCCAGGGAGGAGCUCCCUUCGGACAGAUAAGGAAGAAAUCAAAAUCCAACGGAAAUAAGGCAGCAGUCCUACUAGACUUCCAAGUAUUCCUCAGAACACCAGGAGCUGGCACAAGACCUCGGGAAUGCUGCAGACACGAGUGA